GAAGCGGAUUGGUCUGCUUUCCCUUGCCUGUGGCAGUUGACAGCACCUCCCAGCCGUGCACGGCCUUCUGCUUGCUAACACAGCCAGUCUGACUGCAGCAAGCUCAGCUCUAUCCCAGCCCUUACACUGGCAGAAAAGUGCACUCUCUUUCUGAUUCUUUUUGCUUCUUAAGGUGGUUUUACUGGCUGGGUUGGGGGACUUGGGGAGGUUUUCCUUUCCUUUUCUUUUUCUUUUUUUUUUUUUUUUUUUUUGGUUGCUGUUGUUACUUACUUGUAUUCCUAAUCCUGGAUGCAGUUACUGGAUUCUGCAGUACAAGUCUUCAUGAACAAGCUGCACCGCUUAGAGAUUUCACGGCAUUCAAAGGUCACAGAACUGCCACUAUGGUUAAAUGUCUUGUUUAAUGGUUGAGAGGUGCGGAGAAAUCUCAUUUGAUAGUCCUGAUCAGAAUGCCAAAUGUGUUCGCAUGCUAGGAGAUGCACGGGUGAGAGGUCAGACAGGGGUUCUCUCCGAGCGCCGCGGCUCCUACCCGUUCAUAGACUUCCGUCUUCUUAACAAUACAACACUCUCAGGGGAAAUUGGCACCAAGAAAAAGGUGAAAAGACUGUUAAGUUUUCAGAGGUAUUUCCAUGCAUCCCGGUUACUGCGUGGAAUUGUACCACAAGCCUCUCUGUACCUGCUGGAUGAGGACUACCUUGGGCAAGCAAGGCAUAUGCUAUCCAAAGUGGGAAUGUGGGAUUUUGACAUUUUCUUGUUUGACCGCUUGACAAAUGGAAACAGUCUCGUAACACUGCUCUGUCACCUCUUCAAUGUGCAUGGACUUAUUCACCAUUUCCAGCUAGAUAUGGUUACGUUACAUAGGUUUCUAGUUAUGGUUCAAGAAGAUUACCACAGCCAAAACCCGUACCACAAUGCUGUCCAUGCUGCUGACGUCACACAAGCUAUGCACUGCUAUCUAAGGGAGCCCAAGCUUGCCAACUUCCUCACCCCAUCGGACAUCAUGCUUGGACUGCUAGCUGCUGCAGCUCAUGAUGUGGAUCAUCCAGGGGUCAACCAGCCCUUUUUGAUCAAAACUAAACACCACCUUGCCAGCCUGUACCAGAACGUUUCAGUGCUAGAAAAUCAUCACUGGAGAUCUACGAUAGGCAUGCUUCGAGAAUCACGGCUCCUCGCCCACCUGCCCAAGGAGGUGACACAGGACAUCGAGCAGCAGCUAGGCUCCCUGAUCUUGGCAACAGACAUCAACAGACAGAAUGAGUUCUUGAUCCGUCUGAAGUCGCACCUUGACAAUCAGGAUUUGAGACUGGAGGAUGCACAAGACAGACAUUUUAUGCUUCAGAUUGCGCUCAAGUGUGCUGACAUUUGCAACCCGUGCCGGCUGUGGGACCUGAGCAAACAGUGGAGCGAGCGAGUCUGUGAGGAGUUCUACCGGCAAGGUGACCUGGAACAAAAAUUUGAACUGGAAAUAAGUCCUCUUUGUAAUCAGCAGAAGGAUACAAUACCAAGCAUACAAAUAGGGUUCAUGACGUACAUUGUAGAGCCACUCUUUGAGAGGUGGGCCCAGUUUACAGGAGAUACCCCCUUAUCUGAAAAUAUGCUAAACCAUCUCAGGAGGAACAAGGCCAAGUGGAGGAGUUUGCUCCAUAAGCAACACAGCAGUAGUAGGAGCAAUGACCACUCAGGUCAAGUGACUGGCAGCCAGGAACAGACUUUAAAUGAACAAGAGACUCCCUAGUGGCAGCUUUGCACUUUUCCUUAUAGCACUGCUAUCUGUCUUGAUCACAGCAGCAAGCAAAACCCCGGAGAGCUAAGAGCCUGUUGUCAAGACCAUGGAAAGGGAAGAAAUGGCAAAGCAGAAGCUGUAAGGGUCCUCAUGAACAAACCCACGGUUCUGCUGGGUUCCUUUCUGGAUCUCCUUUAUCUUCCUCUCCUCCUCUUCGUUCUGUGCAUGCCUGAUGCCAUUCGUCACUUCUGAUCACGAACUGCCUGAAUGCGGAGUCCCAGCCAGCAGUACUGAAGCCGGGCCAGUUACUGCUGCCAUGAAGCAGGGAAGAUUACUGAGAAAACGGAGGAGAUAGUGGCACUCUUGGUUAUAUAUUCAUUUACCAUGAGUCAUACUGUGACAUAUGUAUAUAGGCCCAGAGCACCAUACACUUUCCAGUCUGGCAGCUGGGCUGCACAUUAAACCACCAGCAUCUUCAGAACCCAGAGGACACUGGUUGAGUGAGACAGCGCUCACAGAGGGCAGAGAGAAUCUGGUUAUUUUAGUAAUUAAAAUAAAAACCUUUUUAACUUUUGUAUUCUGUGCACUAAACAGAUCUAUAAACCUUGGACUGAAGUUACUCUCCAUAUACACAACUCCAGUGUAACAAGGCUCAUUUUGGUAAUCAUUUUUAUGCCACUUUGGAUAAAAGACAGGCAUCUUCUCAUUGCAAGGAACAGUAUUCCCUCGCAAAUGAAAGGGAAGGUGUUGUACAGUCUAAACCUUUAAAACAUGAACAGAUCUAUCUUUUGAGUACUGUUUCAAGUAACAUGUUUAUAUUCAUACGUGUACAUUUUCUGUAAAUACAAAGCGCUACUGAUUCCCAUGCCAAAAUACUGGAGUACUGUGGGAUUGCUACCUGUAAAAACAUUGGCACUGUGAACAGAAUACUGUUAGUUUUAAUACAAGAGAAAGCAUUUGUAAAUAUGGUAUAGAGUUUAUUAAUAUACACCAUUGUUUGUGGAUAAAAGCCUUAACUUUUAGCAUCCUUCAUUUUCUGAUAGCUGCCAAAACCAUACGAUUAUGAUUCUGAACUGCCUUUCCACUAUCAAAGGUGUAUCAAAGGUCAUUAAGGAAUGAAGUCUGGCAGGAUAACCUCUUGAAAACUUCAAACACAUUCCAUAUGGGUCCGUGCUGUUAAUUCAUGGCACCUUGCACAUUCAGUCUAGGCAAAUGCUUCACAGAGCCUGAAGUUUAAGUUCAAAAAACAAACAAACAAAAACGUAAAAGCCAAAACCCCACAGCAACACCAUAUAAUUUGACAAUUCAACACAAUUAACAUUUAUUCUAGAGUGUGAAUUUCUAUUAAAUAGCAUAGUGAUCUACAAAGCACGACAUUCUAGUAAUUCUGGAGUCCGAUUGUCUUCUCGAGUGAUGUUGUAGUGUAGCUGAUAUUCCCCCCCACAUUCCUUACUUAAAUAGCCAGCAUCUAAAUGCAUUUAUAUUUUUCUUUUUAUUUAAAAAACAAAACAAAAAAACUUCAACUGACUGCUAGAUCUGUCUCACUCACUGAAGGAAAUAAAAUACUUUCCAGUCAGUCUGUUAAGAAAAAUCCUUUUAACUAUCAUAAUAGCUGAGGAAUUCUAUGAACCCUAUGUUCUCUUUGUUUUUGAAAGACACAUGGCCUUAUCUAUGUCAGUUCUGUAUUGCACCAAAGUGAUUGCCCUCUCUCCCCUGCCCCCAGAAAAACUAAUUGUAUUCAGUCAAAGUGCAAUGUUGUUGUAAGCCCCCAGUACAUCAAAUCAGCAUAACUCUUUUACAAAAUAUCUAUCAGAUCUGGCCAUAUAAUCAUGUUUGGACACAAUUACUUUGGACAGGCCAACAAAGAAAGCACUUAAAUAGGCACUAGAAGGUGUUUGAGAAAGAACGCUCACUUAAAGAAGUGCAAGGGGAGAUGUAGAAUUUUUUUUUUCCAUUGCAGGGAACAUUGACUUUGUUAGACAAAGUUUUCAUGUGCAUAAGGUGACUAAUAUGUUUAAAGGAAAACAAAAAGCAUAAGGUUUAGUAAGGGAUGUUUUAAUCUACUAACUUAUUGGACAUGUAUCUUCAGAGAAAGGGACUGAAAUCCAGUGAAAUAGGAAGGUGGAAAUCACUAACUAUGAGAAAACAAAGCAUCUUGAGAGUUGCUUUUCUUCUCCUCUACCAUUUUGUAAGCUGUAAGUGGUAGAAAACAUUCUCCUUCCUCCCUCUUCUAAACGGGACUCACAUACUGGUAGUACUACAACCAUCAAAGAGAGGGAUUUUUUGUAGAAUAAAAUUAUUUCUAACUACAGGACAUAAACGCCUUUUUAACCACCUGAUGGUGGGGGUGGGAGUAUCACCGCUUUACAGCUUUUAGAUAUAUCUUUCCUUCUGACAGAUUUAGGACAAUUAUUAGGACAUUAUACAAGCAGUAUAAUGUGCUGCCUACAAGCACUUAAGUACCUACAAAAGAAUAUCAUUUCCCUUGUUUUGUCUUUUUACUAAGAAAUUGAAGCCAUUUUCCAUCUAGUUCAAAGAAUUUUUAAAAAUGUUCUGAGGUUUAGUUAAAUAAACCUGGCGUCUAGCAGCAUAAAAAGCUCUUGACAGACACGUUGUUGUGCUGUUCCUGAGGAGCUUCCAGAAAAUAGGUCCAACAGGAGAGCUUAGUGCACAUCAAGACCUGCUAUAGUUACAGUACAACCAAGACCUUUUCUGUAAUUAGAGCCUAUGGGGCCUAUUACAAGACUGCUCUCACCAAGUUAAAGCUUCCUAAUAAACUUUGAAAAGCUGCUCUUAAAAUGAACAGGGUUUUUUGUUGUUGUCGUUGGUUUGGUUGGUUGGGGUUUUGGGGGUUUGUUGGGUUUGGUUUUUGUGGGGUUUUUUGGUUUUUCUUUUGUUUGUUCGGGGGUGAGGGGUUGGGUACACCGAGCAUACUUGCUAGAUUUCAAUCACCUUGUCUAAUGAAACAGUGUUUGAAAUAGGUUCAGGGUGCCUCCAGAAAUGCUUCUGUAGUUGUAAGCCAAACCCAUUACACAAGUCUGGGUCUGGACCAAUUUGCCUCAGGUGCUCUAAACAGAAGUGAGCUGAAAAAUUAGGCUCUGGCAGCAGAAGCCUGGCAAUGAGAUUCACUGGGAUCUGUAAGGCAAAAUGCUAUCGUUUGAUUCCCCAUAGACGAAGCCAAACCAUACCUGAUAUGGCCAAUUCAACAGCACCAGUGCUCAGUAUAUGCUGUUGUGAUACAUGCUUGGUAUUCCCUGGAUUGGAGGACAUUUCAGUGCUGGGAUUUCUCCCCAGGAUACCAACAGAAUGCUGGAUGAACUGAGUGAAGGAAUGUAUAUGCAGAUAUACCAAGUAUAUGGAUGUUUGUGCUGUCAGCCCUAUUAGCCAUUUUACAGAAAGGCCAUGUAAAUUAUUUCUCUUUCUUACUGGGACAGUGCAGCUAAAGGAUUCUGCAGUUUUAAAACAGUUAGGUUUUCAUAUAUGUAAUGAAGGAAGCAGAAAAUCAGUAAAAACAAGAGCUUAACACACUAACUAAGCCACACAAAUACAAUUCACUUGAUUAAAACUCAGUUUCUUGAAAUGCAGAUUUUGUUUCAUCAGAGGCAAAUUCUGUGUAAAUAACUAUUUUUUUGUUUUUUAAAAAAAGAGUGGUGGUAAGUUAAUUUUUUAGUAUGGUUAAAAUAAUGCAUACGUAUGCACUUUCAUUAAGUAAAGGUUUGACCUGCCUUUGCAUUUCUAAGGGUCAACAUUCUGGCCACCAACCAAAACAGGAAAAAAAAGGAGUAUGAAAAAUGUGUACUUUUGAAAAACAUAAACGAACAGAGGAAUAGGUGACAUUAAGUAGAGUCUAUGGAGGAUCUGCAGUUCUGUCUAACCUAGUAUUGAACAUGUCAAUUUUUUUUUGUAUGAAGUAUUGUUUUUUGUAAAAAAAAAAAAAAAAAAAAGCAAAGACACAAUGAUCAGUGAGAAGGCUGCUACCACAGUAAAUGGAAUAAGCCAGUUUUCAAACUGCAUAGUUAUCUCACUAGCUUUUCUAAACUCUUGUUGAACUAUUAGAAGUUUCCAACAAAAUAAACAGAAUGCAUAUAAGCCCUUCCAAAUGGACUCUCCUUGGAAAGGGGAAACACUCAAGAAGUUACUUUUUUAUUUUCAGGUAUCAGUCAGGAUAACAUACAUAACUUAUAGCCUUACAUUCUAAGUUACUCAGCUAAGCUGUCCAUAAGGUUCUCCCAUUCCCCUCCUGAUGCCACCACACCCAGCUCAUGGUCUACAGAGCUAAUACUUAAAUUUGAAUUAAGAUCCUGCAAAUCCAAAAAAAAAAAAAGAAA